AUUGCGCGUUGCCACUGCCAGUUCGUAAAACUGGAGCCACAUGGUUCGUUUUAGGCUUCGUCCCGAUUUCAAAGCGAAUCUCGCUAUGGUACGGUUGCUCAACCGCACGAGGUGGCUGUAUGCAGUGGCCACGCCUACAGAUACGGUACGCGAAGCCACCUCGCGAGGUGGAGUUGCUGUAUCGCAACGAGAUUCGCUUCGAAUUCGGGACGAGGCCUUUUAGUACAGUAGUUUCACCGUGUGCUGCAACUGCAAGCAACUGAUUUCAGCUCAGCGAGAUCACGCUUAGUACUUUGAAUACUUUCUACUUUCCAGUCAUCAUCGAAGAGAGAAUACUCGUGAGCUCGUUUUACUCUUUGCGAUUAAUCAGGCCACGGAUAGCUAUUUGAAAAAUAUGUUCUGUUUGAAGUAGAUAGUUAGAACUUAAUUGGAAGAUAGUAGAUUUGUAGUUGCUUUGAAUUUGUUCCCUUUCGAAUCUCGUCCCAGAAGAAGUGAACACCACUAGCAGCAGGCAGAAGUAUACACCAGACCACAGCUGCAGUCAAAGACGACAGCGUAAUAAUGUGAUUCGCAACUGCCAGAUCAGCAGACACCCCGUGAGUGUGUGACGCGAGUCGCGAGUGUUUUGACACUUUUGACGAGUUUUGCUUGAUUCGCCGUUUUGCACCACGGAACUGGAUCACGAAUCGCGUGGAGAUCCGGAUGUGGUGUGGAUUGUGCGAAAACCUUAAGUCUCUUCUUCUCCUUUGACAUGAAUCGUUCGCGUGGAGCCGUUGCGAAAAAGAAAACAUCCCCUGCAUUUGCUGUGCCUCAGGCUGUGAAUAUUAGUGGAUCUCUAUCAACACCCACAGUGCCGUCUCCCUUUCAGUUUAACAUGACGGCGUCAGUAUUGGAACCCAAUUUGGUAUUUCUUAACCCAGCUGCCUCCAGCUCCACGAGUCGGAAGCGAAAAGAACCUCAGAGCGCUCAGGAAUCCUCAUCAAUACCGUCGUCGUUUCACACACAUGAUUUAUUGUACCAGCAGCCUCCGCCCAACAAGCGUAGCGUGCCGGAUAGCGGCUUUGCAUCCUUAUACUCGCAGUGCGCCCUCGUAAGUGACGAGUCUCUGCAUAAUGGCAGUUCCCAGUCAUCACCGCUGGAAACAGCCAGCACGAGCAGCGCCAGCAGUGGGACCAUAUUGUCAGCCAGCAGCACUGCCAUAGUACCGGCUAAACCGCAGAGCAACAAAUCCCUGAAAUACGUCGGCGCCCAGAUCACCACCACACAAGGUGGACCACAGCGCGCCGUGCAGUUGGCCUUGGAGAUGGGGGCGCGCGCCCUCGGCCUGUUCGUGCGCAGUGCCCGUCGGUGGACGGCCACCCCCUUAUCGGACGAUGCCGUAAGAAAAUACAAGGACAAACUGAUUCGCUCGUGUAUUCAGGCGGAUAAGGUUGUUUGCCAUGGUAGUUACCUGAUCAAUCCCGGAUCGCCCUCGCCGGAUGUGCUAAACAAGUCAAGGGUAUCGAUGAUCGACGAAAUGCAGCGCUGUGAGCGGCUGGGCAUAAAAUAUUACAACAUUCAUCCAGGAUCGACAUGCGGGCGCAUCACGGUUAACGAGUGCAUAGAACGGAUUGUGGAUUCCCUCAACGAGGUGCUGUCGAAAACGAGCGACGUGACAUUAUUGCUGGAGACCAUGUGCUGUCAAGGCUACACGGUUGGCGGGAAAUUAUCCGAGCUGAAAGAAAUCAUGUCCCGCGUCCACGAUAAGAAUCGAUUGGGCGUAUGUCUAGAUACCUGCCAUGUAUAUUCUGCUGGUAACGACAUUACAAAGCGGGAUGGAUGGGAGAAGUAUCUGAAGGAAUUUGAUGAGCAGAUCGGAUUGGAUAAACUGAGAGCAGUGCAUUUAAACGACAGUGAAUUGCCGGUGGGAUCUCAUCUUGAUCGCCAUGCUCCGAUUGGCAAUGGUUGGAUCGGUCGAGAAGGUUUCAAGCUGAUUAUGAACGAUUCACGACUGAACAACCUUCCAAUGAUAUUAGAAACAACUGACACGGCAUAUCGUCAUGAGAUCGAUUUAUUGUAUUCAUAUUGCCAAGACUGACGAGAUGUGUAUGUUUGGCUGUCCGAAUAUGUGCAUGGCAACUCAACAGACGACGACAACGCUUCGAAUGGCAUGCUGCACCACCUCGUGGAGUUGUGGAGACUGAGCAUUAAAAGGGCCGGAAAAUCAUACGGAAUGCGCUGCGGAGAGAGCGACUGCGUUCAAUCUCAGUGCAGACCGUGCACCAGACUACUGCUGAACGAUGUUACUGCAAGAAGUGUUACCAUAACGACUUUGGGACAGCGAGACGUUGUUUGUUCGGGAUUCGUGUUUCCGAUCCUGCUUACUGACGUUUCUGUGGAUAAAACUGUGAAUAUGAAUCGGCACCGCUUCCUUCCUUUUCCUCAAUUUGGAAAUCGUGAUAUUUCUGGAUGCCGAUAAGCCGCUGGGCUGUUUUGUUCUCCUAAAAUGUGACGGCAACCAGCUUGGUGGCUCAUUCCAGUCGGCUGCGAUGUAUGAUCUUUACUUAGUUUGUGAGAACCACGGAAGCUUUUCUUGUUGUUUUUUCUUGUAUGAUCGCUAAUGUUGUUCUUUUUGUGGUGACAUCGAUGAUGACGGAUAAUUGAAUGGAGAAAAGAUAAUCACGAGUCUUGAUGCAUAUUUUUGUUACUUGAUUCAUUAAUAAACUCGAUACUUGCUUG